AUGGCCAUGCACCAAUCGCCGGUGGAGUCGUUAGUCCUGGCCGACGGCCCCGUCAUCAUAACCAACAAAAUCCCCGGACCCCUGACGAUCCACUGUGUGUCUUCCGCCGGCAGUGACCUCGGCAUACAGACCAGGCAGUUUGACGGGAAGUUCUCAUGGAACGUUAAAUUAGUCGCCGGUAAAGGGUCCGAUGUUUACAGGUGCGAUCUGGCCUCUGGAGGUUUGCGCGGUAGUUUUAGUCUUUUUGAUGGCAGGAGAGACUUUGCUCCAGAUAGGUGCGGCCUUAAGGAUUUUUUGUGCCUUUGGGAAGUGAGACCGGAUGGAAUAUAUUUGUACCAUUCGAUUGGCGAUAGGCAUUAUUUUGACUUGCAGUAUUCUUGGCCGCGAUAA